UGACAGGUGUAACUUCCGCCAGUUCCGGGAUAAUAUAUUUUUGAUAAAAAACACAAUCUUUGUAGGUUUUCGGUAACAGAUUUUGAUUGAUUAACAUAUAUCACAGCCAUGUCAGCCUCAGCAGUUUAUUUACUGGAUUCAAAGGGGAAGGUGUUGAUAAGUCGGAAUUACAGAGGGGACAUAGAUAUGUCAGUCAUUGAUAAAUUUAUGUCACUUCUCAUGGAGAGGGAAGAGGAACUUAACACAUCCCCAAUUAUCCAGCAUGGCAACACUACAUUCAUUUUCAUCAAGUAUAAUAGUCUGUAUUUGGUUGCCACAUCUAAAAGGAAUGCCAAUGUUGCUAUGGUCUUCUCUUUUCUUCAUAAACUUGUACAGGUAUUCAUUGAAUACUUCAAAGAGCUAGAGGAGGAAAGCAUCAGAGAUAACUUUGUCUUGAUUUAUGAAUUAUUGGAUGAAGUUAUGGAUUUUGGAUUUCCUCAAACAACAGACAGUAAAAUUCUACAAGAAUUCAUCACACAAGAGGGUCACAAGAUGGAAGUAGCGCCACGCCCACCUCCGGCCGUCACCAAUGCUGUGUCAUGGAGGUCUGAGAAAAUCAAGUACAGGAAAAAUGAAGUAUUCCUUGAUGUCAUUGAGUCUGUCAAUUUACUAGUCAGUGCAAAUGGUAAUGUACUCCGAAGUGAAAUAGUGGGAGCUGUGAAGAUGAGAGUUUACCUGUCAGGAAUGCCUGAACUUAGACUGGGUCUGAAUGACAAAGUGCUAUUUGAAAGUACAGGGCGGGGUAAGAGCAAGUCUGUAGAGCUGGAGGAUGUCAAAUUUCACCAGUGUGUCCGACUGUCCAGGUUUGAGAAUGACAGAACAAUUUCCUUCAUUCCACCAGAUGGGGAAUUUGAGCUAAUGUCUUACAGGUUGAACACUCAUGUGAAGCCACUGAUUUGGGUGGAGUCUGUUAUUGAAAGGCAUGCCCAUAGUCGAGUAGAGUAUAUGAUCAAAGCUAAGAGUCAGUUCAAGAGAAGAUCCACUGCCAACAAUGUAGAAAUCAUCAUUCCAGUUCCUGCAGAUGCAGACUCGCCAAAGUUCAAGACGACGGUCGGCAGCUGUAAAUAUGCUCCCGACAUAAAUGCAGUCAUCUGGACGAUUAAAUCAUUCCCUGGAGGUAAGGAGUACCUGAUGAGGGCACACUUUGGUUUACCUAGUGUGGUCGGGGAGGAUACUGAGGGCAGGCCCCCAAUACAUGUCAAGUUUGAGAUUCCCUACUUUACGGUGUCUGGAAUACAGGUGAGAUAUCUCAAGAUUAUUGAGAAGAGUGGAUACCAGGCUCUACCAUGGGUGCGCUACAUCACACAGAAUGGAGAUUAUCAACUUAGAACACAGUAACCAUUGCAGAGGGGACAACUGUAGAAUUCACCUGGACUUUUAGGGAUAAUGAGCGAUCAGAGCUUCUUGUGUCAUUGUAAUGCACAUCAGUGUUGUGGACAUAAAAUAAUCAUAAUCUAUUGUCAGACAGAAAUUGCCACUCCUGUGCUUUUGAUGUUAUGUAAGAGAAGCACAGACCAUUAAACCUGCUUUUGUAUUACUUCCUCAGUGGAUGGAAGUGUGUAUUACCAAAUAUAAUAUAGAUCUUAACUUUAAAUAUUUAUCAUCAACAUGGAAUUUCUGAGACCCUGUAUUUAAAUAAAGGCUCUCCUUGCAGGGAAUUUUAUCCCUUAUCUCAAAAUAAUUUUAUUGUUUUGCUUUAUGUAAAAUAGUAUUUAUAAUUGUCACAGUCCUAAAAUGAAUAAAAUCCUAUUAAUUUACAAA